GUCCACUAGCGGGAGCUUCGCGCUUCUCAUGUGACUGCAUAAAGCGCGGCGAAACAAUACAGGAAGAACAGCUGAUGACGUUCUUUCCGGCUCCGGUCUCUCAGCAAGAGUAAAGAUGUUGAUGCCCAAGAAGAACCGUAUUGCUAUCUAUGAGCUCCUCUUUAAAGAGGGCGUCAUGGUGGCCAAAAAAGAUGUGCAUCUCCCAAAACAUCCAGAGCUCGCCGACAAGAACGUACCCAACCUUCACGUGAUGAAGGCUAUGCAGUCUCUGAAGUCAUGUGGGUACGUGAAAGAGCAGUUUGCUUGGCGCCACUUCUACUGGUACCUGACCAAUGAGGGCAUCCAGUACCUGCGGGACUUCCUCCACCUGCCCCCGGAGAUCGUGCCCGCCACCCUCCGCCGCCAGACCCGCCCAGAGACCGCCAGACCCCGUCCCAAGGGUCUUGAGGGAGAGAGACCGGCUCGUCUGGCCCGUGGUGAGGGAGACAGAGAUGCUUACAGACGGUCUGCAGCUCCACCCGGUGCUGAUAAGAAAGCUGAGGCUGGUGCAGGUGCAGCCACAGAAUUCCAGUUUAGAGGUGGUUUUGGCCGUGGCCGAGGAGGACAGCAGCCACAGUGAUUUUCCACAUUAUCUGUACAAUAAAGUUUCAAAAGUA